AUGCCCAAAUAUGACGAUGCAAACGAAUUGGGUAAGAAAUAUGGAAGAAUCGACAUGGACCGCGUGGGUUUGUUUUCGGAAAUGCCCUACUUAAUUGGUGACAAAUACAAACCCGUUAAUUUGAUUGACGGUGUAAGGGAUAUGAAAAAGUCGCAAAUGUUACCGGGCGUAUUAAAAACAAAGACGGGACUUCAAGACGCUUACUUCGAUCCAGAAUUUAAAAGAAUAUUUGAAAAAGAAGGAUGGCAUCCUCCUGCAGGACAAUUUGAUUUAAAUGCCCGGCAAAAUGCAAAGAAAAACAUAAGUAAACAAAAUUUUUUACCUGCAGGCAACACAAAAGUACAUUCGACGCCAGGCGACUAUUUUGGAACAUUUGGACCUAAACUCAAAGCACUGUCAACUGCUAAGAGACCAUCUCCAAAAAAAGAAAAAAUUCUACCCAAUGUCAUAACAGCUCCGACUAUCACCAGAGGACCCGGAUACACUGACAUUUGUUUGAAUCCUUUUCCGGAGUACAAGCCUUCUCCUUACGACGAUCGAAAACAAUUAAAAAAUGUUAAAGAAGAUAAAAAAGUAGUACCGUUUUUAGGCGGUGGCACUGGAGGAUAUUUUGAUAAAUCGGCCUAUUUCAACGAUGACAUAAAACCAACUUACAAAAAAGUUUUCGAAAUCAAAUUUAAAGGCACCCCAUUUAUUCCAUCUUCUCCAAUCAAAAAUGUUGGUAACGGGUUUGACAUAUGGCCCGAACACUCAGCUGAUCGCUACAUCGAUCCACACAAAAUCGGAAAAAUCCAAAGUGGUAAAAAUAAUAAAAAAGAAAACGCAGAUGUUGGCAAGUUCUAUCCGCAAACGAGAAACAAGUCGUUUUACACGGUUUCGACAAUGCAAAGAAAGCUGCGGAGUGCAGUUAACAAUACCAACUGGCAGACCGCCGAACCUGUUACUUUUCCUUUUCCAGGACAAUAA